GUAAAAAAGGUUUUAGAAAUUCUACACUUGUUAUUGUUUACGAACAGUUUGAAGUAACAGCAUCCUCUCCCUUGUCGUCAUGUUAUCAUAUAUGAUAGUUCCAGUUUUAUUUUUUCUUACAUCUCCAUUCAUCCAACCGACUCAUGGUGCCAAAGAAUUAAAUUAUGUUUAUGACCCACCCAAUGAAAUUGAAUUAUUAAUGGUAAUUGAUAAUGAAGCUUAUUCCAGAUGGUAUCAAAGAGAAGGUGGUGAUCAUAGCGAUGGUAGACAGAUGAGAACACAGCAAGCUAUAACCAAAUACGUCACAUCUGUUGUGCAUGGGAUGAACAGUAUAUUUAAAACAUUAGAAUCACAAGAUCUGAGAGUCCAUAUUUCAUUGGUUGAUAUACUCAUCAUACAGACGGAAGAAGGGGGCAAGUGGCUAUCCAGAUUAUCCAAAGCGGGUUUUCCCAGGAAUAUAGUAAAGGCUACUAAAGCUUUGAAAGCUUUCAACGACUGGGUAUGGAAACACAAAAGCGUGUUACCAGCACAUGACCACGCCAUGUUAUUAACCGGGUUUGAUCUACAAUCCAAACAUGAAACGCCUGGUCGCUUAACUACAGGACAUGCUUAUCUAGGAACUAUGUGUAGAGAAUCAUCAGUAUCUGUUGUGGAGAAUCAGUUUAAUUUUGAAGAUGUAGAGGCUGCUAGUCAUGAACUUGGACAUAGUUUAGGCAGUGAACAUGAUGGAGAAGGCAAUGCCUGUACAGACAAAGAUGGCUACCUAAUGGCGCCAAUUAUAAAGGUUAACGCCACCUAUCGGUGGUUUUUCUCAUCAUGUUCUGUUAAUUAUAUCCAGGAAUUAAUAGAUCAAGUAGCCAGUGAAGGAAAAAACUGUUUAUAUCAGAAAAAUAAUGCAGGUCACAUGCCAAUACAGCCAAAUGCUGACGUUCAGUUAGGAGAAUUGCUAACUCCUGAUCAACAAUGUAUUUUAAUAGAGGGACCUGGGUCAUUCCUGUGUAGGGAUUUCUAUGGAACAAACGAUUAUCCUACGUUAUGCAGGAAUAUGUGGUGUCUUAAUGUGACGUCACAAACACAGAAUAAACAGACGUGUAAUACGUUUUUAGGUUCAGAUGGAUUUGUAUGUGGAAAUCAAAAGAGAUGUGUACAGGGAGAAUGUGUGGCAGACAGCAGCGCACCCGAUGUUUUAGAUUACUGCCCCCAAGGUGACGAACAAGGUAUUGUCUGGAAGAACUUGACCUGUGCGGAUAUAAUUGAACUUACUCCAGAACAAUGUUACGAUCCUGUAACACAGAAGAAAUGUUGUGCUUCUUGUGAUAAAAUUGAUACCGGUGAUUUACAAUGUCCGUAUGGUGAUAAGAGCUCGUGGUGCAGAACUCAUCUCGAACUACCAGUCGGCUGUUAUAAUAAUGAAGAAUUGUGCUGUGGAACCUGUGCCAAAUUAAAACAAACAGCAAAACCUGAAUGUCCCUAUGGUGAUCGAAGUACAUGGUGUAAUACGACGUUACAAGUCCCUAUGGGAUGUUAUGAUAAUGAACAGUUAUGUUGUGAAACCUGUAAAAAACAUAAAAUACAAUCCAAACCAGAAUGUCCAUAUGGUGAUAAAAGUUCUUGGUGUUCUACUAAAUUAACAGUACCUUACGAUUGUUAUAAAAACAGUGAGCUAUGCUGCAAUACCUGUUCACAACAUUAUAAACCACAAAAUAGAGGUUGUGAAUAUGGAGAUAAAAGCACGUGGUGUGCGAAAGAAAUGAAAGCACCGUCUGGCUGUUAUUUAAAUUCCGAACUAUGUUGUGGAACCUGCUCUCAGUAUUAUAAUUCUUCCGACGUCGGUUGUGAAUACGGUGAUAAACAUUCAGACUGUUCUAAGGUUGAUUUUCCUAUGGGUUGUUACAAGAAUCAACUUCUUUGCUGUGGAUCUUGCAGACCCCUCAAACGGCCUGAUCGUCGUGGAUGUGAAUUUGGUGAUAAAAGUUUGUGGUGUAAAAAUCGUCUGCGACCGGCUCAAGACUGCCCAUUAAACAGGGAUCUGUGUUGUGGAACUUGUCAAUAUAAUGAUGCCAAAAACGGUUAAGGGUGUUUUAUCAUCUUCGCUGAUUAAUGAAGAUGGCGAGAUAAUUAUUUAUUUGUACAGUUUUAUAUGUUACAAUAAAAAUGGCUAAAAUGG